UUUCGUUCGAUCUUGGUGAUUAGAGAGAUGAUGCCGAACAACUCCGUGUGGCUUGUCAGACAGAUUACAGAUUACAGAUCGGAUGACUUUCAUUUGACUGUGGAGUGGACGGAUGAUUCUGCAUCCAGAGGUCGGAUUAUUUCCGAUCUGUUUAUCUUUCCUGAUUUUCUUUUCACUCGGUUCCCACUACUACUGGCGUAUCAGUUUAGACUAGAGUAUCUACAGUCUCCGUAAGUCCUCCGGACGGACCACGGAGCAGACCAGAGAAAGGCCCUAAACGGUCGACUUGGGGCGAAAGCGCGAGAGAAAUCCUUCCAAGCCACUAAGAACCUUAGCUUCGGCUGACAAAUGUUGGGUAAUGUUUGUCUCCGAUCAUCGCGACGUUGACUGCGCAUAAAAGCAACCACCACCGCGUGUAUCCCCCCAUCCAUCCCAUCCCCUCCUAAUCUGAUCGCCAUGGCCGCCGUCAAACCCGCCGUCGUGCUCGUCCACGGCGCCUGGCACACGCCGCCCAACUACCGCCGCUACGUCGACGCCCUGAUGGCCCAGGGCUUCCCCGUCCACUGCCCCGCGCUGCCCUCCUGCAGCGCCACGCGCCCGCCGCCCGCCUCCUUCGCCGACGACGUCGCCGCCGUGCGCCAGACCGUGCAGUCGCUGGUGAUGUCCGGCCAGCGCGUCAUCAUGCUGAUGCACUCGUACGGCGGCGUCGUCGGCACCGACGCCGUCGCCGACCUGACCCUGCCCGAGCGCCGCGCCCAGAACCUCCCCGGCGGCGUCGUCCACCUCGCCUUCCUGUGCGCCUACAUCCUGCGCCCCGGCCACACCGUCCUCAGCGUCGUCCAGGAGUCCGGCAUGAUGCACCUCUGGCCGCAGUUCGUCGAGAACGCCGACGACGGCUCCACCUUCCCCGUCGACCCCGUCCUGCUCUUCCUCGGCGGCGUCGACCAGCAUCUCGUCGACGAGGCCCUGCCCCAUCUCGUCCGCUCGCCCCAGUCCGCCUUCACCACUCCCUCGUCGGGAGAUGCCUGGCGCAUCAUCCCCUCGACGUAUGUCCUGACGCAGGAGGAUUACUCCGUCCCGCGGGUCUACCAGGACCUGAUGAUUAAGAAGGUCCAGGAGGACGGGGUGGACAUCCGGCUGCUGGACUACAAGACGUGUCAUAGUAUCUUCCUGACGAUGCAGGACGAGAUGGUCAAGGUGGUGCAGGAGUGUGCGGACGACGAGCGGAAUCCGCAGUAGUUGGGACAGGUGGAACAGGGUGAAGGUGGGAUUUUGCAUUUGGUCAUGACAUCCGUACAUAUCACAUAUCAGCAAGCAGGC